UCAAGCAUGGAACUGAUUUCUUUUUCGUCCUGGGACCACCGCAGAACUCAUCUUGCUUCUCUCACAAAUUGCACAGACCUGCUUUUGAACUCUGGUAAUGGAGCUGGAGCACUUACUGCCAGAUGAGCUGGGUGCAGAAAGAGGCUCGCGCUUCCCCUCGCAGACCUCUAGCUUGGAGAGGAGCUCUCAAAGCGGAUCUGGGAGGAGUGACAAACCUCCGAAAAACCGUAUUUGCCGACUGCUGGAUUGCCACCCUUGGAGCCCGAGGCACGUCUGGGUGCUCCUCUCGCCUCUCCCGCGAUGGCUGAAGAAAUCACUUACGCUGACCUGGCUAUUGGUCCUGGGAAACGCCACAGGAACCUGCAUUCACUUCCUCAGCCUGGCACAUCAGGUUGUCCCCAGUGGCACCGAACUGCGCUCUGGACCGGCUGGACUGGGAACCUCCUCCUCGGAGUGGCCGUGGUGGCGAUGGGAUGCUUGCUUCUCCACCAGCAGUUGGAGAACCCAGGAAGCCACAAGAACGUGAGUGGGAAUGUAGGAGAUGGCAACACCAGCCUGGGGAACGUCUGCUCGGAGCUGAGGGAAGCUCUCUGCUUGUCGAAUCUACAAGAGGGCGAGGGGUGCAUGCUCUGCCCCACAAACUGGACGCUGCGUGGGACCAAGUGCUAUUGGGUGUCCACUGGGAUCAACCCUUGGAGCGCCAGCCGGGAGGACUGUGUGAAGCGAGGUGCCAAGCUGCUGAUGCUGGGGGACCAGGAUGAGCUGGAUUUCCUAAAUAAAAUCCCCCGUAAACCCGCCGGCUACUUCUGGAUCGGGCUCUACGCCGGGGACGGCUGGACCUGGCUGAACGGCUCCCGCCUGGACCCGAGCCGGUUCCAGCUGCGCCCCCCGGCUGAAGGCGGCUCCUGCGGGGUGAUCAAGGAGGGCAGGAUCAGCCCCGAGAGCUGCGGCUCGGCGUUGCAGUGGAUCUGCCAGAAAGCAGCCACCCAGCUCUGAGCUGGGCUGCGGCCGGGAGAGACGCUGGGGGACGGGGCGGGAUCAGGCCCUUUGCGGGGGGAUGCGGGAGCUGAGGUCGAGCAACGACCAUCUGUAAAGGAAUAACGACGUUAUCUGGGCUCCGUGUGGUGUUUUCAAGCCAGUUUGCGAACAGGGCGGGCUGGAAGGAGCGUCCUUCUGUCCCGCCUGUGUGCGCACGCUGUCCCUGUCCCUGCCUGCCUCCCCCUUCCACGGCUCCGGGGGGCUGAGGGCCCCCCAUCCCACCCCCUUUGGGGUUCCUGCCCCUGCCAGCGGCCCCCUCAACCUUCCUCCUGUGCCCUCCUCAUCCUCAGGUCGUGCUCUCGCCCCAGGCCCAGCACAACUCGCCCGGGAAGGGACCGAGGGGCAGCGGAGGAGACGGGUGCCGGUGGCACGGUGCCGGCAGCGGGGUUGCAAAGGCAGGGAGGAAGCGCAGCGGGUUAAAAAGGAGAGAAAAAGAGGUUGGGGGGGGAUUAAAAAGCGAUGCCAGUAGCGCAAAUAAUUUUCCUCGCAGCUGGGACUGUGUGUACCCUGUCGGUGUGGGAAAGAUGUUGAUGGCACGCUGACGUUUUGGUGGUGUUUUUCCUGAGUCUGGGACUCUUCAGUUCUCCAUGUUCUAGGAAAGUUACUAAGAAAAGUAAAUUGAGGAAUUAAUUAAGAAAAAUUACUAAGAAAAAUUACUAAGAAAAAAAACUCUAUCGCAGCCUAAAGGCUUCAGGAAAUCCAGCUGCUCACACUCAGUAAAGCUCGGCAAACAGCACGAAUCGCACCCUAUUAUAAUACUAAGUUACUAAUUAAAAUGUAUUGAUUUGUGCUAAAGAACUACUCUCCCUCAACACCUCCACCCCUGGUGCCUGAGCUCACCCCACGGCAGAGCCCAAGGAGGGCGAACACCCAAACCCCGCUUUGCUGAGCAGAGGAGGGGCACGGGGGACGUGGGGACACGGGACAGCUGCCACAUCACGGGUGACGAAGAGCCUCUCCCUAUAGCAUAAGCCCCCCAAAAUAGGGUUUCCUCAGCCCUGAGUGUGCUGCAAAGCUCGGUGGGGCUUCCCGGUGGUAUUGGACCGCCUCCGUCCCCUCUGCACGAAAACAGCCGCCUGAACUGGGGUGCUGGUGGCUGGAUGGACUGGGAGCACUGGGAAGGGGCCAUUUGCAGCAGCCCUCAUGUCCCCCCCCAGCUUCUGCGUAGGUGGCAGGGGAUCCGCUGAGGUUUCCUCACCCACCAUCCGGGUUGAGUGUGUCCCUGCCACCCACCAGCUGCUUCUGGGGCUCCUGCAGCAGCACCUUCUGGCGGGGGGGGGAUGAGGGUUAGCGGGGCCCUGAAAGCCCCCCCAUGGGCAGCUUUGUGUGAGCCAACACACCCCUGUGCGGACACCUCCGUGUCCCCCAGCUCCUGCCUGGAGCAGCUCCUCUCGCCAGCUCACCCCGCGGCAAACGCGAGGCUGCUGCCCGGAGCUGCCGUAGAGGGGAGAAACCACCAUCUUCCACCAGGUCCAGAACGUCCCCCCUCUCCCUCCCUGGCUCCGCUUGCUCCUUCCUGCCCCUUUCCCUGCAACUAUGGUGGGGUGUCCUGGUUUGAGGUAAAACAGAACCAACUUUCUGGUCAGUAAUUUUACUUCUUAGCGAGGCCUCUUUAACUCUCUGAAAUUAACAGCGUGUUGGGCCGAAAAGGGUUUGUUCUCAGAGUGAUAAGAGCAACCUUUACAUUUGUGCCAAGGAAGGGUAAACAGAGCGGCUGUUGCUUACCCUUAUUGCUGUAACAGCCGAGGUCAGCUAAUUUCAUUAGUUGCCCCGAUGGAGGGUUGGAAGCGGGAAAGCGCAGGGGGGUCCCAGCCGCGGGGAGGAGCGGACAGGACGGGUGACCCCAAACUCACCGACGGGGUGUUCCGUCCCGUCCGCCCCACGCCCGGUGUAAACGCUGAGGGAUCAAAGGGCCAGUCUGUCUCUCUGCAAGGCUGACGUCCGAGGAGGACCCUGUCUGUUCAUCUGCCUUUGAUCCCGAUCUGUGUGUUUCCCUGCUCCAGCUCCGGAAUCCAGUUCCCAUCCGUCGCAGAGUCCAGUCUGAGACUUUCUCAGUGCCUGCCGGUGACGUCAUCCUGGGAGCUGGCUUUGAGGCAAGGGACGGGACGAGAGAUUCUCAGCCACCGCAAGGGCGACGGCACAUCUCAGCG